CACCGCACCGCUGAUCCUCCACCUUCCUCCGCCGACGUGUCAGCACCAGGCCGCCGGUGUACACCUGUUCGCCGCCGCUGGCGACACACAACCUCCACGACAGUUGUGACGGAGCACCCGCAGUGCUUUUAUCUACACCAUAGCAGUCGAGCAAGAGCGUACAUUUUGCACUCGGCACCGAAGGUCAAGGAGCAAAGCCAUGAAGGUCCGCGAGACAAGGUCACAUAGCCGCGCAUCUUCGGAGGAAGGCAGGAAUCUCGACAAAGGCAAGCAGAAAGAAGAUAAAGAUGCCGACCAACAACAACAGCAACCGCAACAACAAGCUUCCAAGAGCAAGAAGCCGAAGGUCGAGGGAGAGAACGGUGAGUCGGCGUCGAAGAUCUCCCAGGAGUUUCAAGAAUUUUGUAAGGCCACGAGGAAGCAUCUCUCGAUAGAGGAGAUGCGCAGGAUACUGGAAGCCAACGAGCAAGAUGCUUCUGGCUCUGAGGACGCCGUCGUGCCGAGAUGCCAAGACAUGAUGUUCUACGGAGCGCUGGAGAAAUGCCCGAUCUGCCAAGGGCAGAUCGACAGAACCAGCAGCAACUACGAGUGCAGAGGAGCCUACAGCGAAUGGACAAGCUGCACCUACACCACCAUGAACGCGCCCCGCAAAGGUCAGCCCAUAAAGAUCCCCGACGAGAUCAGCGACAACUCCAUUAAGGAGUGGAUGAAGAGGCAAGAGUCGGCAGGUUAUCCUCUCCGGGAAUUGUCAUCGGCCGACAAGCCUUUGGCCGGUUUUGUGAUCUCACUGUCGGGGCGGCUUUCUCGAACACAUCAAGCAUAUAGAGAAGAAAUCCAGAAAAAUGGGGGAAGAGUCUCUCACGAUGUCAACGAAAUUCACUGUCUAGUCGUUUCGCCGGUGGAGCGCGAGAGAGGAGGCUCAGUUCGAGUAGCGGAUGCGAUGGAAAGGGGAAUUCCCGUGGUGACUGAGAAGUGGUUGAUCGACAGCAUCGAGAAGAAGCAGUCGCAAUCGCUGGACGCCUACGACGUCUCCAAUCUCGCGCCCGAAGGGAGGGGAAUUCCGUGGGACAAGAUGGAUCCUGGCGAAGAAGCCAUUGAAUCUUUGACAGCUGAAAUCAAGCUUCACGGCAAGCGAUGCGUGCACAGCGACAGCAGAUUGCGGGAGCAAGGAGGAACUGUGUUCGAAAAAGAUGGCGUCGUUUAUAGCUGCGCCUUCUCGCAAUACGAUCAUGGACGCGGGAACAACGAAUACUGCAUUCUGCAGCUGGUACAAGUUCCUGGCAAGAACGUGCAUCUUUACUACAAGCAAGGCCGCGCCGGAGAAGACGCGACGGCGGACGAGAGCAUCGAGGAGUGGAACAGCGUCGGCGAUGGGGUGCGCGAAUUCACCCGCCUCUUCGAGCUGUUCACCGGCAACGAGUGCGAGCCGUGGGAAAGGGAGAAGAAGUUCCAGAAGAAGCAACUCAAAUUCUACCCCGUCGACAUGGGUGAUGGCGUCGACGUGAGGCACGGAGGGCUCGGUCUUCGGCAGCUCGGCGUCGCCGUUGCUCACUGCGAGCUCGAGCCGCUCGUCGCAAACCUGAUGAAGGUGCUCUGCAGCCAAGAGAUUUACAGAUACGCAUUGAUGGAGAUGGGAUACGACUCCCCUCAUCUUCCCAUGGGAAUGCUUACUGAUCUCCACCUAAAGAGAUGUGAAGAAGAGCUGCUCAAAUUCAGGGAGGAGAUUGAGAAGGCUAGCACAUCCGAAGUCGAGGCCCGUCUUCUGUGGGAUGAUUUCAGCAGCAAGUGGUUCACGCUCAUGCACUCGGCGCGGCCGUUCGGGUUGAGGAGCUACCGGGAUCUCGCCGAUCAUGUGGCGGCGGGGUUAGAAAGGAUAAGGGACGUCAAUGUUGCUUCUCGCCUUGUUGAAGAUGCAUCCGGCCACGCAACGGUCAUCGAUCCGCUUUCCGACAGAUACAGGAAGCUCGGCUGCUCGAUCACGCCGGUGGAGAGGGAAGAGGAAGCGUACAAGAUGAUCGUCAAGUAUCUGGAGACCACUUACGAGCCGGUGAAGGUCGGCGACGUGGUUUACGGCGUGUCCGUGGAGAACAUCUUCUCCAUUCAGUCAAGCGCCGGUCCUUCCUACGAAGAGAUCAAGAGAUUGCCAAACAAGAUUCUGUUAUGGUGUGGUACUAGAACUGCAAAUUUGCUUCGGCACUUGCAGAGGGGAUUGCUCCCGGCGGUGUGUCAAAUUCCGGUGCCCGGAUACAUGUUCGGGAGAGCAAUCGUGUGCUCGGAUGCAUCCGCGGAGGCUGCUAGAUACGGGUACACCGCCGCCGACCGUCCGGAGGGCUUCUUGCUUUUGGGCAUCGUCUCUCUCGGAGAAAGGAUGAUCGAGAUGUCCACUGUGCCUGAAGUGAGUGCGAAUAAGAAGCUGGAGGAGGAGAAGGUGAGCGUGAAAGGGCUAGGGAAGAAGCGGCCUGAGGAAUCGGAACACUUCUGGUGGGACGCCGACGUGAAGGUUCCCUGCGGGCGGCUGGUGGAGUCGGAGCACAGAGACAGCCCGCUUGAGUACAACGAGUACGCCGUUUACGAUCCGAAACAGGUGUGCAUGCGAUUCGUGGUGGCGGUGAAGUACGAAGUGGUGGCGGCUGGUGCAGAAGGAUGAGUCAGGUCUUGUUUUGUGUAGGACUUUUGAAAUGAGAGGUCCAUUUUGGUCAACUGGUUAGCGUCUGUAAAGCUUGCAAUCUUGCUGUUGUAUGGGCCCUUUUAGUUGUCUCUUUAUGUCAGAGUCUAGUUGUGUUUUAAUGGCAGAAAGCAAUAACAAUUCUAAUUAAUACUCA